GCCCGGAACCUGUUCAAGAAAUUGGGAGCCCCUCCAAAGCCGCAAUAAACUCGUCGCACGUCAACAUCAACAAACUUUUGAUUUGUUUCUGAAAGCCACUACUUCUGUCAUCAUCCUACAGAAUAAGCUCGACUACCACACCGAACCCCCCUGGUAUAUUCUCUAUAGCCUUUCAUACAGACAAGAUGGCUACCAACUUCGAGGAGGUCGCGAACCAGUUCGUCACAUUCUACUACAGCCAGUUCGACAGCGACCGAAAGCAGCUCUCUGCACUCUACCGUGAACAGUCUAUGUUGACUUUCGAGUCUUCGGCUACACAGGGCGCCGCGGCCAUUGUCGAGAAGCUUGCUGGCCUUCCAUUUCAGCAAGUCAAGCACCAGGUUGCCACCAUUGAUGCCCAGCCCGGCCUUAACGGCGGUGUUUUCGUCCUGGUCACUGGACAGCUUCUGGUCGACGAGGAGCAGCGCCCGAUGAGCUACACUCAAGCCUUCCAGCUCUUGCCCGAGGCCGGCUCUUUCUUCGUCUUCAACGACGUCUUCAAGCUGGUUUUCGCUUAAUUUAUCAUGCUGAGGAUUGCUGGAUUAGAAGUUUCUAUAUAUGAUCACCUACAAUGGGAUGGUUGAAUGAGCCAACAGUUGAAGAUCAAAAUUGCGUAGAAGAGAUACACAGGAUCACCACAUGAUACGAGAUGGUCUAUUGGAUGACAAACCCAUUUAGAGGGUACGUGCACCAACAGUUCCGGUCCAGGUAGCAGUGAAAAAUGACGAAUGAUACGAACACAAGUACAGGUCAGAAGUUCAAUUC